GAGUAUUCGCCCAUGCGCAGUUUGAUUAAACCUAUCCUACCCAAGUUUAAAAGAUGGCUGACAGUGGGAGUGCUCGUCGAUCUGGUAAAACUGGGAGUAUAUUCUCCAAAAAUGUUAACAGGAUUCAGGCUAAGGUGUUGCAAAAGCUUGGCAAGGCAGAUGAAACCAAGGAUCAAAUGUUUGAAAUGUAUGUACAGAACUUUGCAUUGCAAGUUUCUGCCGCCAACAGGUUACAAAAAGAAUUGAAACGAUAUAUUGAGUGUGUUAAAUCCAUGAGUACAGCUACUAGGGGUCUACAUGAAGCUUUGGAGUCAAUAUAUGAGCAAGAAUGGGAUGGUUAUGGAAACAUUAGCUCCACAAGAGAGACAUCUGAUUUAUUAUGGGAUGAUUAUCAAAAUCGACUUGUGGAACAGGUUUUCAACCCAUUAUUGUCUUAUCAGUCAAGGUUUCCUGAGGUUAAGAGGCGUAUUGAAAAACGAGGACGGAAACUGAUUGAUUUCGACAGUGCUCGACAUGCGCUAGAAACAAGCAAAAACAAGAAGGAUGAAGCUAAAGCAGCAAAGGCUCAGGAACAUUUUGAUAUGGCUAAAACCAGUUAUGAAGACAUUAACAACGAACUUUUAGAUGAACUUCCAAAUCUCUAUGACAGUCGCAUUCCAUUUUAUGCAUCAACAUUUCAACUGGUGUGUUCAGCUGAAGGAGUAUUCCAUACUGAAAUAGGUAAAACACGGUUACAUCUAAAUUCGAUAAUGGAUAAACUCUAUGAAGAGGCAGGCAAAGGCACAUACAAUGUCUCAAGAAGUAAUAUAGAUGCAGGGAUGCAUGCUGGGAUGCUUCCAACGAGUCCAACAAGUAUAGGUAGCGAAGAUUCCAACAAUAAAAUGUUCUCCAUGGCUGCCACCCCUUCAAAAACAAUGGAAGUUCCUAAACCAGACCCACCACAAUAUACUGCUUACGAUGAUGAUGAUGAUGACAAUGAUGACGACUCGCAACAUUAUCAGGUGCCCCCUCAUCAUGCGGUACAAGAAGACUUGGAUGAAGGUGAAUACCAGCAUCCUCCUCCUGCAAGGCCUAAUACCAAUCAAACUGAUGUUACCUCUAACCAAAAUGGAGGCAUACCCCCAGGUGUAUUAUACAAGGUUGUUGCGGUUCAUGACUACGCACAAAAAGAUGAUGAUGAGCUGUCAUUCUCCAAAGGUGAUGUGAUACUUGUGGUCAACUACGAUGAUCCUGAAGAUGAGGAGGAUGGAUGGCUUAUGGGUAGGAUAGAGAACACAGAUUCCAAAGGAAUAUUUCCGGAGAAUUUUACACAGCGGUUAAAAAGCUAAGUUUCUUGUUGUUUUGUCAUCAAGGUGGAGAUAAGUUGUUGGUGUCCUUUGCUUUUAUGUUUUGUAUUAAAAGAAUACAUUUCCUAAAAAUGAAGCAAUAAUAUGCACCAGAAACAGGGUAUGGUUGUUGAUUUAUUUUAUAUCUAAACAAAAUUUCUGAAUUAGUUUAACACUCUGCCCGCCAAACACGGAUAUCUCCGUGUUUGGUAAUGCAACGCAUGACCGCAAACAUGGAGAUCUGUGUUUCUACAUUUUCAAACCCCUGGUGGCCAGAGUGUUAAUGAUGUACUGUCUGUUUUAAGCUGAACAAUUUAUUAUUCCAAUUGCUUACUGUUUUAUUAACUUUCAAGUAAAAAUUAUAACCAGAAUAUAUGAAGGGCUUAAAAAAGGUCUAACCCUAAAACAUUUAAAGAUGUUUUUUGUAGAGGUUUUGAAACUACAUAAAACAUGUAUUCUUUAUUGCACAUUAUGACAUUAAUUUUGUGUUGC